AUGCUUAUUAGGAAAAAAUCAUUGGAAAUCAUAGAAUUGAUAAUUUUGUUGGUCGCUAUUUCAGCGUCCAUAGCUUUGACUGCCAUUUCAAUUAUUAUUGACGCAAGAUUCGCCAAGGCUUAUUAUGAUAUUCAUACAUCGUUUUUGAUACUUAUUGUGAGUGAGAUCUUCUUCAACAUCACUUACAUUUUUUGGAAUGUCUCUCAAUAUUACAGAGUAACUUCUUAUGGUAGCGUCAAUGUAGAUGUUUCAUUGGAAGCCGCAAAGGUUUCAUUCUACGCCUCCAAACAUACUCUCCAGCUAUUCUUUUCAAGCUUUACGCUUAUAUUUGCAAUCAUGAGUCUUGGGUCAGGUAUUGCUAUUGCGAACCUUUCUUUCCGUGAUGCUCAUGAUAAUUAUGUUACAUAUAGCUCGAAUGGUGGUUUAGAUUCACAAAGACCCAGCUUUUUUUCCAGUUCAUUUAAAUAUUUGAUUGUGUUAUUGCCGCUUUUCAUUUGUUGUCAAUUUUUAAAAGGUGUUUUGAUGGCCAUGGAUACUUAUAGAGUUAUACUAUCCAAUUCUCAGUUAAAUUCGUUGUUAAUAGUGGAAGAUAAUGAUGAAAAUUUUUCAAAAUUUUACAAAGGGAGUUUUGAUUCAAAAUUAUUGAACGAGGAUGUGAAAAAUUUGGAAACAAACAAAUCCGAGUGCAGCAAUGAUAUCGAUAUAGACAGAAGGAAACAGUCAAAAGAAAAACAUCUCUCAAAGAUAACAGAUGAUGAAAUUAUUUCUUAUAGUGAUAUUUCUUGUGAUGGUCAAUGUAUUCGGAAGACUCUGAUCAGAGUGCCCACAUCAGCACAUCUGCUCACCUUGCAUAGUGCCAACAUAACUCCGCCGGUUACUUCCACGAUAUCUUUUAAAGAUGCCAGUGUCGUCUUGGAAGGAAAGAUUUCAUCUGACACUCGAGCUCAAAGCAUUAUGAUUACUCAAGACAAUGAAUCCGCUACAGACAACGAGGAAAACAAAAAAGACUCAAGAUAUAGAAGUGCUCUUUCUCAAAGAACACAUAGGAAUCAAUUAUCACCAGUCCACGAACCAUCAAAAAAAGAAUAUCUUGAAUCACCAGUGUUUAGGCUUAAAGCUAAUAGAGGAUUAAUGAUAUCGGUUGAUAAUGGAAAAAAUAGAAAGCUAAAUACAUCACUCUUGGAAAGCUUUGAUAGAGAUCUAAGCAACGUUCUUCCAGAAGAAAGUUCUAGAAGCGAAUCUUCACUGACAAAUCUUGAUUUUGAGACUAGUGGGAAUUUGGAGAAGUGCAAAAAGGUUCUUGAAAACCACAAAAAUUUGAAAGCUCUGAAAGUUUAUUGUACAAAUGGAAAUGGCAUCAAUAAGAUUGAUAAAAGAAUACAUAGCUGUGCGCCAUCAUCACCACCUCCAAAAUUAUCUGAUGAAGACCAAUAUACAAAAAAAUUGAAACCUUUGCAUUUAGCCGAUCAGUUUUCUGCAAAAGGGGAAUCAUAUAGGAAUAAUUCAGAUGAGUUAACAAUACACGAAGGAAAAAAUGAGACAUGUUUGAAGAAAUGCUAUUUUGGAGAAAGAAAGUCAGAAGUUGCUAGCAUCAUAAGUUGGGACUCAAAUUAUGAUCCAUUAUCCAAAGAUAGUACUCAAGAAGUUCGCUCAAUUCCAGCUAAUACUCUUUGGCCUUUCAGUAGAACUUCACCUUCUCCAAAUAGUGGGAGAUUUUCACCUUCUCCAAAUAGUGGGAGAUUUUCACCUUCUCCAAAUAGUGGGAGAUUUUCACCAAAAAUAGUGGUUAGCUCACCGGUUACUUUAAAAUACGGGAAAGAAACAAUUGGUGAUGAUGCACUAAAUACCAGUGACAGCAAUUUUAAAUAUCCUGCUGGUUUUGAGAGACAAGUUAAUUCCAUUGAAUUAGCAAAGAAAGGUCACACCCCUGAAGAUAGUUUCACAUUUGAAAAUGUCAUGCCAUUCCAUAAUGAAAAUGGUAGCAGUAAUAUCCAAUCAAAAGAAACUGUGGCAACUGACGUUGUGGUAUCUGACUAUAAGUUUCCUAGUGCUGAAUUUCCUAGUAAGCAUCCAUUUAGAUAUGAUGGUCAGGCUGAAGUCGUUGUUCUACAAGAUUCAACGAAAGAGAAUGGAGAUAGAAGAGGGAUUCUCAAAGAAAAUUUUCAAUUAGAAUCAGCUUUAAUGGCCAGAAACCCACAAAAGCCUCUUCUAAGUUAUAGCACAACAGAAAUUAAUACUUUGAAUAAUGUUCGCGGUGAAAAAAGAAAGAGUCUACUUAGACUUAAUCAUUACGAAUCAACAUCCCCAAGGAAAAGCAAAAAAAGUGGAGGUAGGUCGCCUUUGGUGAGAAUUGGCACUAAUUUCCAUGAAACAAGGAGAUCAACCGUAAUAUUUGAUGAUGAUUUUGAUUUUGCUCUUGACAAUGAGUUGUCUGGGUUAGCUGAAGAAAAAUACGAAUAUGAAAAAUCUAUGAGUUAUGAUGGAAAGGAUGUGGAAGCUAAUUCGUUUUCUACAGGAACAAGAAGGAUGAAAAAUUUCAGCAUCAGCAGCAUCAAACAGAUCAUGAAUCAUAUCCAUAGUCGUUCUCUAUCUGUCGACUAUCUUAGAAACAGUAAAAGCAACAUGAAUAGCUAUGCAGUGGCUCACAAUAGACAUAAAAGCCUUAGCAAUUUUCAUCAUCAUCCAGGUCAACAGCAAUUCAGCUGGAAAUUUGCGAACGAAAUUUCCUAUAUUAAUGAUGAAAGUUUGAUAAAUGAUAUCAUUCAACAUUCUGAUGAUUAUGAUUUCAGGUCAAAUAUUGAUUCGACAUCACAAAAUCUUACAGCAGAUUCCAAAAAUACUAGUUUUGACAAAAGACAAUCAGAUAAUUUGACAUAUCCAUCAAGUUUGGACCAUAAUACCGAUGGAAGAGGAAAUCUGAAUAAGAGAGUAUCUUUCGAAUUCGAUAAAAAAGCUAGAAUACGAAAUAUAUUGGCUUUCACAAACAUCAUGUGUGAAGAUUCUUAUGUGGCAUCUGAUAAGAGUAUACCCAGUGAGCUUCCAUCUGGCUACAUCGGUGAAUAUGAUAAGGAAAAAUGGGGGGCUAUGAAAUUGAUGAAAAAAAAGCAAAGCUAG